AUGCUCUCCAGCCAAUCUCUGCGGGUCGUCUCCUCUCAUAUCAAGCAGAAAGUCUCGAGUUGCACUAGAUUCGCCUCUUCUUCUUCUUCUUCUUCUUCUUCUUCUUCUUCUUCCGCAUUUUGUCCCGAAUCCCCAGCGCCCACGCAUACGGCCAACGAUUGUCAGUUUACCGACGAGGACAAGAGUGCAUAUUGUGUCAAUCGUGAGUCCUUUUUCUGGUCCCCCCACUCGUUGAACCUUCCAAUUUUGCAGCCUCCUUCGGCUUGGACGCGGAUCAUCGUGAAAUUGUGCGGACCUCGUUCGAAUUCGCCAAAAAUGAAAUGUAUCCGUACAUGGCCGAGUGGGAUAAGAAGGUUUUGGACGCGAAAAUAGUGUAGUGGUGCCGACAGACUGGAUUGCAGGGCGAGCUCCCGUUGGAUCUACUCCGGAAGGCCGGCGACACCGGAUUCGGCGCGAUUUACUGUUCCGGAGACUUUGGAGGGACCGGAUUGACACGUCUUCAUGCUUCGAUGGUGUUCGAGCAGUUGGCGAUGGGAUGUGUGUCGACCGCCGCCUACAUUAGCAUCCAUAACAUGUAAGUCAGGGUCCCGCUGGUUAUCUCGCCGGGCUGUGGAGAUUUUCAAAAGGUGUCAACUAGUAAAUUGUCUAUCAAGAAUUUCUCCACAUUUUGUUAGUUGACAACUUGUUGAUAUCUUUUCAAACAGCUGAGAUACAUUGCUUUGAAGUUCACUAAAGUUGAAGUUGCAAGUAUAUUGCUACUGUACACUUGAAAACAAUGUAUCUCAGUUGCCAGUGGAGAUAUUAAAAAGGUGUCAACUAAUAUAUUGUUCAUUAAGAUAUUGUUCACACUUUUCCAGUUGACUGCUUUUUGAUAUCUUUACAGGCAACGAAGAUUUAGUGACUGUACGUAUAUCUGAACAUCUCAAGACAUGCAAGACACAUUUCUAUCGCUCGUAGUCGCAUUUCUAUUGUCUGUUCACAUAAGUGGUCAAUGAUAAGCGAGUGAUCAGUGAUCUUUGUUCGUCUUCUUCUUCUUUCUCUUAUCUUUUCGUGUCAACAACUGACAUGUGGCUGCCGCGUGUUGGUUGAGACGAAAAGGGGACAGAGCUCGCGUUUUGUGAGAAAACUUUUCGAAAAGAUCAAGUGAGCACGUUUCUAGAGGCCCGGAGAGAAAUUUCGUCGGUUUCGAAGUGUCUGGUGGUUGUGAAAUCAUCUCAACUCUAUCAAACAGCUUGCUUUAACCUUCCGAAACACUUUCGAAACAAAAAUGUCUGAGAUUAUUUGCAGGACAUGCUGGAUGCUGGACACGUUCGGUUCGGACGAGCUGAAAGCGAAGCACCUUCCCGAGAUGGCGCUCUUCAAAAAGCUCGGCUCCUACUGUCUCACCGAGCCGGAUUCGGGCUCCGACGCGGCGAGCAUCCGCACUUCGGCCCGUCAGGAGGGCGACUAUUUCGUCGUGAACGGCAGCAAGGCGUUCAUCUCCGGCGCCGGCACUUCCAACAAGUAAACGAGCCGAAAAGUGAUGAAAAACAGUGGCCUUUGCAUUUUCAGCUACUUUGUGAUGAUGCGCAGAGAGGACGGACCGCCCGGAGCCAAGGGAAUCUUCUGUCUGCUCAUCGAAGACGGAACCGAAGGAUUCUCGGUGGGCAAGAAGGAGGAGAAGUUGGGAUGGAACAGCCAACCGACCAGGAUCAUCACUUUCGAGGAUUGUAAGGUACGGUAGUAGAAACUUUUGUGAAAAAACCUCUACAAUAUCAACACUUCUCAGGUACCGAUCACGAAUCAAGUGGGCGGCACCGGACAGGGCUUCAACAUCGCCAUGGAGGGCCUGAACGGCGGCCGACUCAACAUCGCCUCCUGUUCGCUUGGAGCCGCCCAAAAGUCUCUCGACCUGGCGAUUGACCAUCUGAAGAUCCGGAAACAGUUUGGAAAGACUUUAUCGGAGUUCCAAUGGAAUCAGUUCAAGUUGGCCGAACUCGCCACCAAAUUGUACACCAGCAGGUUAGUUGGAUUUGGGGUUACUGUAGACGCAGUGCUCAACAACUACAACUUCUUUUUUUUUGUUGCAGAUUGAUUGUCCGCAAAGCGGCUCAGGAGCUCGACAACUUGUCUCCACGCAAAGCUCCGCUUUGCGCAAUGGCCAAACUUUAUGCGACGGACAACUGCUUCGACGUGAGUACAGUAAUCUCAGCUGGCUAAGUUGCGUAAGACUUGCGCAAAAGUUGCGCAAAAGUUGCAGAGACUUGUCGACUAGGAAGCCGCACAAACAAACUUUCUUCAGGUGGUGAACGGCGCGAUGCAAAUGUUCGGCGGCUACGGUUUCCUGAAGGACUAUCCAGUGCAACAGUACCUCCGAGACAUCCGUGUCCACCAGAUCCUCGAGGGAACGAACGAAAUGAUGCGGCUCCUCGUGGCCCGUGAUCUGCUGACCAAAGAGACGUUCUGGCCGAAUUAG